UACGCAUACAAUUUAAACCUUCCGCCCUAUUCAGGUUUUGGGUCAUCAAAUGUGGUUUUAUGGCUGUUUGUGUUAGUAAGGCUUUCCAGGAUUAUAUGUAACAUAAAAAAUCCUGAUUCUGUCGAACAAUUUAUUUCUGUCUUUUGGGUGGUUGUUUCUUGUCAGCCUAAGAGUGUAGUUGUGGUUGAGACGUCCGAAUCCAAUGAGUUGGCCGGAAUUCUAGAUGAAACUAUAGUUUAUGAACGACACUUAGGUGACGCUAAAGUGAAAUUGAAAAUGUCCACCUACUUACUUGCGUUAAGUGAGGUUUACAAACCAGUGUGUUAUUAGAAUUAGAAUUUAGGGUUGGGAAUUAGAGUUGGGGUCUUCAUCAUAAACUGACAUCAGCUACAACGCCAGAAUGUAUUUAGCCAUAUGAAUGAGUGAAUUUCGUUCCUGAAUCUAAGACUAGUCAUCUUAAAUACGGUCAUUUCUCCCGUAAAUUAUGAUAUCGCUCCUAACGCAGUGUGAUAGUUUGUAGCUGUAAACACGAUGUAGUCCUACAACCAAUGACUUCACGAAGUAGUUCCACUUUUUGGUUUGGCCACUCGUCUGUUCUUCAAAUUAGUUUACAGCAACCAGCUCCUCCCGUAUUUGGACUAUGGUGAUAUUUGCCUUACUAGUCAGUUAACGAGGUCUUAAUCUCAUCAGUUUACUUCUUAUUUUUACUCUUCACAAGGAAAUAUAAAGCAGUUACUGAUUGUUGUGAAUCUAAAACUGGGAAGUUUAUUGCGAUUUUCGCACAGUCUGAGUAUUUGGGCUGGUCCCCAUAUUAAAUAUACUCUGUAGUGAUAGAAUCAUAUUAAUCCAUACAACGGUAACAUUUCUUAGUAAGUUACUUCAUAAGCUUAAAAUUUCAUUCGUUGUAAGUAUCUAUCACUACAUAUUCAAAGGAGUUUCACGAUGAUCCGAUUACUAUCAAAUCCGAAGUAAGAUGGUAUGGUAAUUUAUCAAUACAACAAUUUUCAGAUGUAUAGCACAUUGAAAUAGAAAUGUUUAAUCUUGACUUUUCUUUUUUUUCAGUCUCAAAUGCUGUUUAAUGGGCUAGUGGAAGUGAAUAUUGUUAUUCUCCAUACAUAAAGCCAUUAAACCAAACGAUAGAAAAAUCACACUAGAAAAUUUGUUCCAUAUGUUCCUACUUUGAAGCAAUUUCCUUCAGAAUAGUUACUAUAUUACUAUGGAGUGCUUCUGCCACUGUAUUGUCUGGAUACCGUUUUUUAUCUUGCUACAAGGGAUUUGUGAGGCUUAUACACAGCAAAAAUUACUUGUAAUAUCUUUAGAUGGUUUCAGUCAUAAUUAUCUAGAUCGUGCUAAGCUUCGGAAUGUCAACAUUUCCUCUUUCGAACGGAUUUGGAAGACCGGAGUACGUGUUAUGAAAGUACAUAAUGAGUUUAUUACUCGAACAGGACCAAAUCACUUAUCACUGGUCACUGGGAUGCAUGAAGAGAGUCAUGGUAUUGUUGAUAAUAUGUUUUAUGAUCCUGAGCUUAAUGAUACUUUUGACUUGAGUAAUACGAGGCACUUAUCACAACUAAAGUGGUUUGAUGUUGGGUCUGAACCGAUUUGGGUUACAAAUCAACGGCAUGGUCAUAAAAGUGCUGUUACGUUUUGGCCAGGGAGUAGUACACCAUUCAAAGGACAAUUACCUAGUUUUUAUUAUUCUCAAUAUAACCAUCAACUUCCUUUAGUUGAUCGAAUUAAUCAAACCAUUAAGUGGUUAAAUUUAGAUGAAGUGACACUUGGUCUAAUAUAUUUUCAUGAACCUGACUCACAAGGUCAUUUGACUGGACCUGAUUCUGUUGAAAUUUUUAAUGUUAUCGAGAAGUUAAAUGAUGAUAUUGGGUACUUACUAUCUUUAAUUGAUACUAGGCCAUCUCUAAAGUCAUCACUUAACAUUAUUUUAACAAGUGAUCAUGGGAUGUCUGGAGUGGAUGCUAACAGAAUAAUUAUUCUGCAUGAUUAUAUCAACGAGAGCAUGUAUUAUAGUCCGGGGUCAGAGGAUCGUGUGUUUUGGUCAUUAUGGCCAAAAGAUGGGAGCUCAUCUAUUAAUCUCUACAAAGGACUGGUCGGAAAACAUCCAAAGAUGAAUGUUUUUCUGAAGGAUAAUAUACCUAUUCGUUUACACUACUCGAAUAAUCGACGAAUAAGCCCAGUGGUAGUUUAUUCGGAGCCUGGAUGGACAAUCGUUAGAUCACGAAAAUCGGUUGCGAAAUUUACUAAACGUGGAGAUCAUGGUUAUGAUCCGGACCAUGAUGAAAUGUCUCCAUUCUUUCUAGCUAUGGGACCAGGUUUCAGGAGCACGAUUGUUGGUGGUGGUCAAAUAAUUAGUUCUAUUCAUCUGAUUGAUAUUUAUCCACUGAUGUGUGCCUUACUCAAUUUAAAUAAACCAGCUCCAAACAAUGGUAGUUUGUCACGUGUGAUGUCACUCCUUCAUGAUGGUAGUGGUGUUAAUGUCUACUUCUCGAGUUCUCUGGAUAUGUUCACUGUUGGAAUUGUUAUAUUAUGUUGUACAACCGUAUCAAUGGUAUACAUAAUAUGUACAUGUAUUUCAUCGAAACAUUAUCUAUUUCCUGAUGAUAAUAAUAACUACAAGUUAAAACAUUCUAUUUAUCAACCAAAUUUAUUUCUACUUCAACGACGUUUACGUAAUAAAUUUCAACAUGAUAAAGAAAAACAACAAUGUUAUAAUAUUGAAUUAAAUAAGAUGAAUAAUUUAAAGAAUAAAAUAAAAACAAAAAAUAAAUUCUAUGAAAUAUAUUUAAAAGAUGAAUCAAUUAAACAAACAACAGAUAGGCAACGAUUACUUGAUUAUAAUAUACGGGAUAAUAAUAUUCCCAAUAAUUACAAUAAUGGUCAUCAUGAUGAUGAUGAAGAAUAUAAUCGAUUUUCUAUUCAACAUAUAGAUGAUGAAACUUUUUUAAAUUUACUUCGUCAACCAAAUAGUAAAUAUCCUUAAAAGAAUGCUUAAAAAAUUUUCUUUUAGUAAUCUAUUAGUGGCUUAUUUUUCAGUCUAUUACUUUGUUUCUACAUAUUGUGAUAUUGAAAUUUGUGAUAUACCAUAGUUGAUUUGGAUGUAUUAUGAUUUGAAGUUUACAUAGAUGGCUGUGUUUCAUAUUAUUAUUGUAUCUAUGCCUAGACAAGUAGCAUAAAUUUUUGUGUUUUUUUUGUUUUUAUUAUAUUUUCAAAUAACUGUAUCUACGUUUGAUUACUUCGUUUAUAUGUAUGUAUUGACACAUACUUGUAUGAACAUGUAUCAUUUAAGGUAUCAGUUCGAUUAUUACUUUUUGUGUAUGUGGUGAAUAUUUGUGAUAUUUUGCUAAGUUUUCUUAGGUUAUUUUUGUUUAUGAAUUUUUUAUUGAAUAUUAUUUAGUUACUAAUUUUUUUU